AUGGCUUCCGGUCGUCGUCGACGCGUCGGCCGCACGGUCCGUCGCCCCCGUCGUCGUAGCGCAACGACGAGGCCCGUGGCUGGUGCACGUCCGCUUCAGGCUAUUGGCGAAAACACUGUCGUGGACCGCCUCGCGGACGACGCUUUGGACGUGAACGGCAGCAGCUCGCGGUUGGGUCCGUCGCCGUCUAAUCGAGCGAGUCGAGCGCCGCCGCCGAAGAAGCCGAGCAAGAAGCGGGAGGGAGAAAAGGGAAAGGAGAAAAGGAAACGACUGGAAGAGUGGGCGGGUGCAUGUGCGGAGAAGAAGCGCGCGCAGCAGCUCGAGAUGCUGCUGGACGAGCUCGAGACGCAAGGUAUACAAUACAUUUACAAUCUGGUAUACAUGCAGCGCCACACGAACAUUGACCCUUUUGUCUCUCUGUCUUCACUAGUGCAGGAGCACUGUGACGGGCUCGUGGCCGACGCUGAAAGACGUGCACAGGAGCUCGAGAUGGAGGUGAAAAUGCAGCUGCUCAUCAUGCCAGCGGCUGUGCGCCAGAUGCCGUGGAAAACGUUUGUUGACGACUUCGGCGGAGACUUGCACAACGCCAUUUACAGCUUGUCCCAGUCACAAUUGUCGUCUUCGCCGCGUGUGACGUCCUCCAAGGCUCGAGACGACAUAGUGGCCGCUACGCCAUGCAGCAACGAGGACCCUGCAGAAAGACACGAGGAUGGAGACGACGGCAGCGAUGACGAUUUGAGCAGUCGCCGUCUAUCCAUGUACACGACGCCCCUGGAUCGACGCCGAGCACGGGCAAUUCCAAGCACUGUGCUACGCACAGCACGCGAUGGAGAAACCAUUUACUCAGUAAGAGGCUCCCCGAUCGUUCCCGACACGGUGGCUAAAGCGCCUGCAGGAUCGUUAGUGGCUACGUUUGAGAAAGGCCUCGAGCCGACAACGUGCUUGCGCCUUGACAGCGAGCGUGUUGUUGACUUGUCUCGGCCAGAGGAACUCUCAGCCGAGUCGCGCGGUGAAGCCACGUUCAAGCUGCAGGCGCUUCAGGCCAAAGUUGCACAGCUGUUACGGCAGAUCAAUCCUUGUGCUUCUUAA